AUGAACGAAAUUCACCUUUUAUUGUUUGCAGUGUUUUUAUUUGAAUCAUUUAAAAUUCCAUAUUCUGUUCGUCUAGAAAAUAUAUAUGGGAUAAAACAACUGAAAAGUAAUAAGUCUUCGCAUUCGGACAGUCAUCUUUUUUCAAAUAAGAAACGUCAUAUUUUUUUAAGGCACAGAUUUCCUAAAACUCUCACUUUUUUGCAGUCUUCACAAAAUUUGUGUUCUAUGGCAGAGAACAUUAGAACUAUAACAGUAAAAAGAAUUGGAGGAAACUAUCCAUAUGGUCCAAAACAUGCUUCAGUCUCGAAGAAUGAGAUAUGUUUUAUUUUCAAUAAUUAUUCUCAUUCGAGGUCAUCCAUGCUCUCUUCUACAUUACUCCGGAAUAUUUUAAAGGUCAGUGUUUGCGAGAUGGUUUUUAUGAACAAAAGUUGGCAAGGUAGAGUGUAA